AUGGCUGGAAUGAAUAUGAGCAUGGAUGGUGGAAUCAUAACCAUCCUGCUUCCCGUUGAUCGACAGAAGUUACAUGAUUGGCUGGAAGAAAGGGACGACAAUAUUGAUGGUGCCUCCAAGGCGAGGGCAUUCUUCGACUCGUCAUUCUAUUUUCGCCUUCCGAUCUAUACCUGGGGUCUCACUGGGCUUAGGUUUGUGCCGAAACUGGUAACGGGUGCAGCUGACUCCAUCUCCCUGGCUUCGGACCGAAUUCUCGGAGAGUUGGAGCCGUUGAGUAAUCCCAAUCGAGUAAGUUUAAAAAUGGAAGUUAGCUGGACCGAACACAGCCAUAUAAUUGGACGUGAGGGGCGCAGCAUCAAAUCUGUCUCCACUGUGACGAAUUGCCAUAUUCAUUUUCCGGACUCAAACCGCUUCUCCGAGACUGAGAAGUGCAAUCAAGUCAGCAUUGCCGGUGAUCCACAAAAUGUUGAAACUGCUCGUGCCCAAGUUAGGAAUUUGUCGCCGUUGAUAUUCGCGUUUGAAGUACCCUUCUCUACGGAUAUUCAAGCCAUCUUGGAAUCGAAACAAUCUCCUCAGAUGUUGUACAUCCAGAGUACCUUCAAUGUUCAGAUCAUUGUAAGGAAUAAGGGUCGUCCUGGAACUGUUGCUCUCGUCAAAGGUAACGCGUGGGAGCUAGAGAAAGUCAAAAUUGCUACUCGUGCUCUGAUGAACCAUCUGUGUCAGGGGGAAUCAGAGGUCAUGAUGUACAUGGAGAUUUCGCCGCAUUAUCACAGUUCGGUGCUUGGAAACAAUGGGGCCAGUUUGGUCCGCGCAAUUAUGGCCGUGACGGGAACCAUGAUAUCCUGGCCUAAUUUGUCUGACACGUCGUUGCAUCCCUUGCGCAAGUCGACUUUCGUAGUGUCCGGUCUCAUCGAUAAGGGUUCUUUGCCUUUGAUUUUGAUGUCGGACUUGCCGCCUGGUAUGGAGCUGGACGUUGACCAGGUGCAGCAUGUGAUGACUUCGAUGAAGGUGACCGUGUCAACUCGCCCGAAGAACAAGAACGGCGUUUUGCAUCGUACGCUUGUGAUCCGUGGCGUAGAGCGUUUUGCGGACCGUCUGUACGAAGCGCGACGAGUUUUACUCGGAUUGCCGGUCGACGCCCGUGUGCACACUCAUAUUCCGGAGUCGUACCACGUUCCUCCGCUGCCACCGAGUAUUCCGCUACAGGGACCAAGCUCUGUAGUGCAGAUACAGUCCUCUGGAGGCAUGCAUUACGGGCGAUUCACGCCGGAUCCACCUUCUGGCGGUCUGAUGAGCUGGUAUCCUCCCCCAACUCCGCCUGCGGGUACGGCUCUUGUGCCUGGAUUCCCAUUCUUUUCUCUCUCGGGAUCCCCGGAACAAGAAAAGAUGUUCAAUCCACUGGGUUCGGCAGAUCGCAGGAUUGUCAACUCUGCGUCGAAGAAUGUUUAUCCUGUCAUGAAUGGAUCACCGGAAUGGAACAAUGCGGAUCACAUGAAUUCCAAUUACUCUGCUGCUGCUGGACUAGACUCGGGUACUUCUAGUAGUUUUUCUUCUUCGGGAUAUUCGUUGUUCUCCUCGUCGAUGACAUCGAAUGGCGGCGUAACGUCGUCACUUCGUUUACCCCAGUCUAAUGGAUGCGACAAUAAUUCCUUCGCGGCGAAUGAGGGAUUGAUGAAUGCUGGGAUGGACCGGGUAAUAGACUAUAACGCGAGAAAAGCGAUGGCUAGCCGAGCGAUGAGUCAAGAAGUUAGUCCAGAUGUCCCAAGAACUCCGACUGCAUCAUGGAGUGGAAUGGGUUUCUCUAAGUCUCAUUCUGCACUCAUGGCUAUGAAUCGUUUCGGAUGUUACGCUUCUGAGGAGAAACCGAAGGGUGGCGAUAAAUAUGACAUAAAUGGUUCGGGGAGAACUUCGAAGAACGAAGAAGACAAGCGAGAAAUGUCGCCGAUUCCGGAAAGCCGGUCUAACGUGUCUUGUCGCGUUUCCAAUACGUCUGGUAGUCUGAGCUCUAUGGGCUCAGUGGCUUCUUCGCAGACUCUAAUGGGUUCCUAUGCCGAUCGUGGGUCUUCGGCGGACUAUCGCUCUUCUUGGUCAGACUGGGAAAACGACGAAAGCUCUGCGACUGAUCUGUUCCGUCAAGGGACGCCGACGAAUUCGACUGGCGAUGACAAGAUCGACUCUAAUCUGAGUUCCGCUAUGAGCUCCUUGACUCUUUCGAGGGCCAUGGAUUCGAACAACAAUACCAGCUCGGCUGAGCAGACGAAGGCUCCUGUCAAGACGGAAUCGAAUUUCAUUCCGCGACAGCACAUUUCCUUCAGUGCUUCUAAUAUGAUGGACGCUGUGGUGCCGAUGCCUAGGACUUUCUCCGGCGAGCUUCAGGAUUUAUGCAGCGUGUUAACCCAUUUGAAUCUCAGCAAAUACAUUGAGUCAUUCCGUUCCCAGGAUAUUGACUUGCAAACGUUCAUAACUCUGACUGAAGACGACUUGGUGCGUCUUGGCAUUUCUACUUUCGGCGCUCGUCGGAAAAUCUUAGUCGCUAUUCAAGAGUUGCGGAAGCAAGGUCCUGUGUUUUGUGGAAGUGCUGCUGUUGGGGCCGAACGUCGACCAUCUGUGGUUUGAAGAUUAUUUUUUCUGAUGAGCGAACCGCGGAACAAAGAAGGGUAUAAAUUUUUUUUCGUGAUGUGUGUGCCUCAUGUGCUUCGUAUCUCCCUGUGGUUAAGGAUCUUUCGUUGGUGAGUGCUUCGGUUAACUUACACGUUCAACGCUUGUCGAAAGGGUUUUUGUUGUCGGUUGUUGAACGAGAUUCCGGCUGUUGAAUUCUCAAAUCUCGAAAGAUGCAUGAGGUGUGUUACAAAUUUUUUUUUUUUUUUUUUUGGAUGAGAAACCGAGGUCAGCGAAUCUCUGUAUGAGGAAUAUUCAAGAAGUCAUGGGGAAAAUUGAACAAUUCGUGAAUCUCUCGUUGAGCUGUGAAAAAUGGUUUUCUUCGUUUUAGUUGAGCGUUGUUACUGAAAAUUUUGAAAAAGCGUGAUGAGUAGUAUCUCGGUUCGAGCUUUAAAAGGAGGUUCGUUUUCUAAGAUCCAAAUGUGGAUGUACAGUAUUUGAUCGCUGCUUCUUAUGAAAGGAAGAGAGUUCAUGGUCCAGGAAACUGCAAGUAAUCGCAGUUUUCAUUGGAUAAUUGACGGCUUCGACCAGCGGAAGUAUCAGGAAGUAUUCACGGGUUCAGAUAAGUCUCAAAAAUUCUUUUCUGUAUAUUGACUUCAUGUUAUCCAUAUUUUCAUCUAAAGAUUUUGAUCAGAGAAUCGCAUCGAUCAUAGUUUGAAUCUCUCUUAUUCCUAUUUUUGAAAUAUGUGAUGUACUGUUAGGUGAUAAGUGAUUCUCGAGGCCUUCGUAGGUGUGAAAAGAGUGCGAUGCUGCGGUAUAGAUUCGAAUCUGCUAUGUUGAGGUCAUAACGUACGUCAAGUGUUCGGACCAGUUCGUUGAGUCGGGAUUUUUUGUUUUGUUACCUGGGUUCAAGUCUUUUUUUUUUUCGUGUGUCGGGAAAAUUUGUGCCUUCGGAUAAACAAGAUAUCAGCAAACCUAA